AUGUUGUCCUUAUUCUCCUCAGUCGUUCCCAGUUCUCUCCAUUCCACUAAUAUCGCCGACCCGGUCGCCAUUUUUGCCGCCAAGCGCAAGUACAAACCGGUCGCACAGAAAACACGACCAGUCUUGGCCGACCUCCCCGAAAAGUUCCGAAUCGUUCGGAACAUCCUCGGUGACCCUCUCGCUGCCCUUCCGACGCUGACACCGAACCCCCCACCCUUCACGCCGACCGGCAGAUACACAGCCGAACGACGCGACCUCAUCGACAAAGUCCACUCGGACGACUUCCUUUGGCCGGCCGAA